UUGGAUGACCUAAUGGAUCAAGAUGAAUGCACCCGUCUUUCCGAACCAGAAUUGAAAAAAAUGAAUUUCAAGUCUUUCGAGAAACUCACAAAAAUAGGAAGAGAUGCUUUGCAGCUUUAUUUUGACAGAAUAUUUCCACCUGUUGACCUUGUCACAACAAUUACUACAAACAAGGACAAUCUACAACGUGGACAAUAUAAAAUGAGUCAAGAUCAAUGUACUCUGCUUUUUCCAGCUGAUAAAUCGAUUCCCACUUCCUCCACAUUUGAUGUAACCAUAAUGUACAAGUUGUUGAGGAACUAUGGUCCAAACCUCCUUGCACCUACCAACGGCUGGGGGAAGAAACCUGAAAUAGAACAGAAGCUUCCCACUGAUGACGUAGAAAGGAUACGAAUAUACAGGAAUGAAGUGGAACAUAAAACUCAGACAAUAAACGUCAUGGAGAUGGACGACUUUGACCUGAAAUGGAGAGACCUUUCUCAGGCAAUACUAAGACUUAGUAAUGGAUCUUUAAAACAAGACAUCAUGUCCCUCAGACGACAGAGAUAAAAUAGUAUUUGUGACGUCCAUGGAGUACAUUAAACAUCGUCUCAAAAUCGGAUGAAAAAGAACUAGUCAGCAGAUCUGACUCUGAAGUAAUUGUGAUUCCUUUUAGGACUAUAUAGUAAAUACGAUCAAAAUAUUACAAAUAUAUUGAAAAACACAUUACAACACUGUCUUCAUAUUUUAACU